AUGCGACAGUGGUGGAAGCAGAAAAGGCGGCAUACCUUCCAUGGGCCCAAGUCACCCCACCCGCUUCAACCUGAGAGUCAAGCUGGGCGGACGCCUGGUAAUCCCGCACCGAUUCCAACAGCUCCAGCCAAACGACACGAUACAGCCGACAAGGAGCGGGAUAUCUUGUCGAGAGUACAAGCUACUCCCCGGCAGGAAAGCAACGACAAGAAUCGCUCCCAAACUGUGGCUGUCAUCGAUGGUGUUAUUCAGAUAACGGAGGAGCAAUACAAGCGAUACCAGCAAGGAGGCAUAAGAAUUCAUAGGUCAACAGGAGAAGAUAUUGACCUUCGAAUGCUCUCGCGAAAGAUCCUCAAUGCUGCCUUAUCCUUCAAAGACAUCGUGAACACAGUGGUGUCUUUCGACCCUACCCAUCAUGCAGCAGGUGCAUGGGCUGUUAUCUCCCUUGGACUGAGUGUGAGGUCUCCCAAACUUAACCUUCGAGAAGAAGACUAA